AUGGAAGAAAAGAAGAAGACGGAAGAGAAGCGCGAAGAAAUGGCAGAAACGGGAAAGAAAUUGCAAUGUGAAUUCCGCAGCCGCAGCAGGAUCACGAUCAUUGGAAUUCUGGUCAUCGCGGCCUUGGUGGGAACAGGAAUCUAUUGCUUUCCUCCCUGCAGAUGGAUUAAAUUGGGAGAGCUCGACGCGCUGCUCGUCGACGUCUCAGGUCUGGGAUUCAAGAAGGAAGACCUCAAGGUUCAAGCUGACACGUCAGGGAAGCUGACUGUGAGCGGAGAGUGCGCUGUAGAAGGCAAUCGAUGGCGUCGGUUCCUGAAGACCUUCCAACUUCCCAAGGAUUGCAACGUGAGAGAGAUCGAGGCCAACCUGGACAAGGAGACUCUCUACGUGGUUCUGCCGAAACCUGCAGAUAAAAUGGUGAAAGAGAGAGGAGGUGGAGGCGUUUUGAGGGAUCCGAGGAAGCGUAAGACGUUGAUUCUUAGCACGGUUCUGGUCACCGUGCUCGUAGCAGGGCUGGGAAGUUACAUUGCCUCCAAUUGGGAACCACCUCCAGCCUUAUCGGCAGCCUCGGCGGCGGUAAUCCCCGCCGCGGCCCGGCCGCGAGUUCGUGACCUCCGUGGCCGUGAUUUCAUUGGAGGAGUUAGUUAUCGAAUUUUUUACUCAUUAUUAUUUAUAUUUUAUUAA